GAACUGGGCGGACUGAUCCAUCUUUAUCCCCUUGAUGAUAUUAUUAAGAUUGCAUUGAUUAGUGAUAAUAAGCCAGACGAGAUAUGUGAAAGAAUGUGGAGGGAUUAUAAAUUCCAAUCCAAGAUUUCAGCAUCACGAUUAGCAGGAAGAGAAAAACAACUUAUCUUGAAGUUUUGGAGGAAUCAAACAU